GACAUCCAGCAGCACUUUGGAGUCAAAGACAGUGGGGCUGGCUUAUUACAGACAGUUUUCAUCUGUAGUUUCAUGGUUGCGGCGCCUAUCUUUGGUUACCUUGGUGACCGUUUCAACAGAAAGAUAAUUCUCAGCUGUGGGAUCUUCUUUUGGUCAGCUGUCACUUUUUCAAGCUCCUUCAUCACUGAACAGUAUUUCUGGCUUCUUGUGCUCUCACGCGGUUUGGUUGGCAUCGGUGAAGCAAGUUACUCCACUAUUGCACCAACCAUCAUAGGAGACCUUUUCACCAAAAACACAAGGACCCUUAUGCUGUCCGUUUUCUAUUUUGCAAUUCCUCUUGGCAGUGGCUUGGGAUACAUCACUGGGUCAAGCGUGAAGCAGGUUGCUGGAGACUGGCACUGGGCGUUGAGGGUUUCUCCACUCCUGGGAAUGAUAACAGGAACCCUCAUUUUGGUGUUUGUACCUGCUGCUAAAAGAGGAAAUGUUGAACAACUUGGGGGACAGCUGAAGGCUCGGACCUCGUGGCUGAGAGACAUGAAAGCACUGAUUAGAAACCGCAGCUAUGUCUUCUCAUCGUUGGCCACUUCAGCUGUCUCCUUUGCCACAGGGGCACUUGGCAUGUGGAUCCCUCUCUACCUUCACAGAGCACAGGUUGUGCAGAAGACAGCAGAGACCUGCAGCUCACAGCUCUGCAGCACCAAAGAUAGCUUGAUCUUUGGAGCAAUCACGUGCUUCACUGGUUUCCUGGGUGUAAUCACAGGGGCUGGUGCAACCAAAUGGUGCCGGUUAAAAACCCAGCGAGCUGAUCCUCUUGUCUGUGCUGUUGGCAUGCUAGGAUCAGCCAUCUUCAUCUGUCUGAUCUUCGUUGCUGCCAAGAGCAGCAUUGUGGGAGCCUAUAUUUGCAUUUUUAUCGGAGAAACUCUUCUGUUUUCAAACUGGGCUAUCACAGCAGACAUACUAAUGUACGUGGUCAUUCCAACACGCCGUGCAACCGCAGUGGCCUUGCAGAGUUUCACUUCACACCUCCUGGGAGAUGCUGGCAGUCCUUAUCUGAUUGGAUUUAUCUCAGACCUGAUACGACAAAGCACAAAGGAGUCCCCGGUCUGGGAGUUCCUCAGCUUGGGGUAUGCACUCAUGCUCUGCCCGUUUGUCGUUGUCCUAGGAGGGAUGUUUUUCCUGGCCACAGCACUCUUCUUCCUAAGUGACCGAGCCAAAGCUGAACAACAGGUGAAUCAACUCGUGAUGCCACCAGCCUCUGUGAAAGUCUGAAACGUUGCCAGCGAGGAAAACGACAUACGGACUGCUGCUCCCACCACCACCGCACCAGUCUCAAGCUCGAAGCCCUUCUGUACUGGAAACCGGUGGGUCCUUCAGCUCCACACCGCCCUGGAAGGGUUAUCCAGCACCAAACUAAUCGCACCACUCCAGCCUGCAGGGUCAGGCACCAGGAGGUGAGCAGGGCAGCCUGGAACACAAGUAAUUCUUGAGCAUAAGGACAUUCACGGGUUCCUCUGAGCAUUGAAAGCGACUGUCCACAAUGUGCUACCCAAGUGAGUGACUGUCGAUUGUGUAUAUGGUUUUAGUUGUAGCCAACAAAGUCCGCAUCGUUUAUAGGGCAACUUGCAUCCUAGUGAAUGCUGCUGUUCUGUCAGCACUCCCACACCCAGAGACUGCACUA